GCGUAACCAAUAAACUCAGUACCACAAAAGUCUCAGCCGAACACGGACUCAAAGAAAGGAAUAAAGAAAUUGCAAUUUAAUAACAUCGACAAUAUGCGAACAACAGCGUCGCUGCUGCUGCUGCUGCAAUUCCUGCUGGGUUUGCACCUCAUCGUCGGUGGAUUGACUCAUGUGGUGCCGGUGGCAUUUCCAGGGCCAAUAGCUGGCACCUAUUUGUUGUCUCCGCCGGCACAGCUUGUGUAUGUUGUGCAGCCAGCACCAGAGGACGAUGGCAGCUAUAAGCCACCAGUUCCCCCCGCAGAUGGCCUAUGGCAGCCACAACCUGGCUUAGAGGGAGAAUAUGUCGAGGACUCGACUGCGGAUGCCAGUUUGACAGACUCCUCGUCUGCGGCAGAUGCUUCUGCUGCUGCACAGGAAGCUGCAGGUGGCGGUGAUGCCGCGGGUGGCGGUGGUGCUGGCGGCGCAGGCCAGGCGGGACAAGCUGGCGGCGUUUUGGGCGGUGCUGGUGGCAGUGGCGGUGCUGGAGGCGCUGGCAGCGCUGGUGGCGGCGGUGCUGGUGGUGGUGGCGGUGCUGGUGGCACUUUGACAUCCGGCGAGAGUGGUCAAAGUGGACAACCAGGAGCUCCGAGUCCGGCUGGCUCGCAACCGGAUGGCGAAGAUGGCGCCGAUGGUGCGGACGGUCCCGACGGACCCGGCGGCAUCAAAGGUGGCAAGGGUGGCAAGGGCGGCAAAGGAGCACGCAAUGGCGCCGGUGGUGGCGGUGGUGCCGGUGGUGCUGCACCACAACAGCCAGCGCCUUCAGCUGUGCUACUUCCGGCGCCCGUCUGGCCGGAACAGGAACACAAUUUGUACGCCGUGCUCUAAACUCCAUGUCAUGGGACAAAAGCAGCUCAGAUCCAGUUAGUACUUUAAGCCAGUUUUAGAAUUAGGUCUAGUCAAUGUGUCAAAAUCAAGCAAACGAAUAUUAAAAUUCGAUAACGCAUACUCUGCAAUGCAA